AUGCCGGAAUUCAUCAGCCUCACGUUCCCAAACGCAUCUACGGAGAUAGAUCCGAUUCCCAACGCCUCGAUUGAUCCAGAGUACCUUACUCGCUACGCUCGCAAUCUUGAUGAUUAUGGUUACAACUACACACUGGUCCCCUACGACUCAUCAUCAUAUGAUCCAUUCACCAUCGGAGCAACCAUUUUGUCUGUGACCAAAAAGCUCAAGGUCAUCAUUGCUCUACGACCCAACACAUUGUACCCCACAGUCGCAGCAAAGGCGCUAGCCACACUCGAUCAACUCAGCUCCGGUCGCGUCGUUGUCCACUUCAUCGCAGGAGGCAGUGAUGCAGAACAAGCCAAGGAAGGUGACUUCCUAAGCAAGGAUGAACGCUACGGACGCCUCGAGGACUACAUUAAGAUUCUCCGCCGUGCAUGGAAGUCCGACGAGCCAUUCGACUGGGACAGCAAAUACUACCAGUUCAAGCAAUUCAGCAACCGCGUUCGGCCUACCAACGGCCCAAUUCCCGUCUCUGUCGGCGGCUCCUCGGACGAAGCAUACCGCAUCGGAGGCUCCCUGGCUGACAUCUUUGGACUUUGGGGUGAACCUUUGAAAGAAACAAAGGACCAGAUUGAUCGCAUCUAUGCUGAGGCAGCCAAGGCCGGCCGACCGGACUCGGACAGACCACGCAUCUGGGUGACAUUCCGUCCUAUUAUCGCAGAGACUGAGGACCUCGCAUGGGCCAAGGCACACAAGACUCUCGAUGCUCUGAAUACCAACCGAGCAAAGGGACAAGGAAAGGCACCCCCGAACGCCCCACCCCCACAGAAUGCAGGCUCUCAGCGGCUUCUUGAUAUUGCUGCUCGUGGCGAGGUCCAGGACCGAGCUCUUUGGUAUCCUACUGUUACCGCGACUAAUGCACGUGGUGCAUCCACUGCUUUGGUUGGAUCGCCCCAGACUGUCGUCGAAUCCCUUCUUGACUACAUUGAUCUUGGGGCCGAUCUUAUCUCCAUCCGAGGAUAUGAUAAUCUUAACGACGCCAUUGAUUAUGGACGGUUCGUACUUCCCAAAGUUCGUGAAACGUUGCAGGAACGGGAGAAUGGUGCUUCAAAUUAA